AAUUUUCAAAAAAUCGAUAGUUUUAAAUUUUACCACCAAAUAUCUGUAAAACCAGCGGCCUCAAGAUGGCGCGUUAGUCAACUAGAUGAUGGUUGUCUACACGAUUGUCCAACGUGCCGGAUCUUAGCUGAAAAAAACUCGCUAGUUCGGCGUAGUCGCAGAGAUGGAGUUCAAUGUGGGUGAUGUACCCCAAAUAUCAACAGAGCUCGCACGAGUGGUAGAAGUAAUGAUGUCUCCAAACGUUCCGCAUCAACAACGUCUGGAUGUUUACAACGCAUGCGAGCGUUUCAAAGAAACUUCGCCUUACUGCGCGCAAUGUGGGAUGUACUUGGCCCAGAAGUCGCCAGACAGGAGCAGCGUCGUCAGGCACUUCGGGCUCCAGCUGAUGGAGCACUGCAUCAAGUACAGGUGGCCACAAAUAUCCCAACCUGAAAAGGUUGUAAUAAAAGAGACGGCUAUGAAGCUGCUCGCUGAGGGCGUCGAGACGACCCAAGAAGAGACGCAUAUUAAGGAUGCCUUGUCUAGAGUCAUCGUCGAGAUGAUAAAGCGCGAGUGGCCUCAGCAGUGGUCGUCUCUGCUGGAUGAACUCAGUCUUGCUUGCACGCAUGGUGAGAGCCAGACGGAGGUUGUUCUGUUGGUCUUUUUAAGGUUAGUCGAGGAUGUUGCGCUUCUUCAGACCCUGGAGUCUAAUCAGCGACGCAAGGAUAUUUACCAGGCGCUCACCACUCACAUGGCUCAAAUUUUUGCGUUCUUUUUGAAACUUAUGGAGCAACAUUUUAGAGAGUUUCAGGAGAAAAGUGCGGUGGGUAAUGUUGCUGAAGCUGCUGCUCACAGUAAAGUUGUUCAGGUAGUCCUACUAACCCUAACCGGCUUCGUAGAAUGGGUGUCAAUAAACCACAUAAUGGCAGACGAAGGUCGCCUGUUACAAAUCCUGUGCCUCCUCCUAGGCCACCGGACCUUCCAGUACGCCGCAGCAGAAUGCCUCCUGCAAGUAGUAAACCGCAAGGGCAAAGGCGACCGCAAGCCCUUAAUGCUACUAUUCACCGAAGAAGCUCUUCGCUGCAUUUGCUCCGCAGCAAUCACGCCAGUCUCUCACUCCUCCCACGAGUCCCACGAGAGCCACUACCAGUUCCUCAAAAAGCUGAUCCAAGUCCUCACCGGCAUGGCCACGCAACUAUGCACCCUCUGGGGCAAAGAGGACCUGACCAUGACCCGCCCAGCGCACUUCAACCUCUUCCUUGACACAGUGAUGUCUUUCACCAUGCACUCCAGCUUAACUUUAAACCACCUAGCCAACGCAAUCUGGAUCAUGUUAUUCCGGCACGACCAGGCAAAAAUGGACUCAUUAGUGCUAACCUACGUCCCAAAAUACGUCGAGAGCAUCGGACCUAAAUUAAUUAAAGUUUCUUACCCCACUGGACAUGCCAAUGGCAUGACCGCCUACUGCCUCAGCGACUACGACUCAGAAGAAGAAUUCACCGUGUUUAAUCACCGACUUAGGAUGGAUUUAUUGGAAGGUCUUAGACACGCAACAAUGGUAGCUCCACUAGUGACCUUCGCUUACGUCCAACAAUGGCUGACUACCCGGAUUACCAGAGGCAUGGCGAACAUCCGGUACGUCAGCAACCCAAAGGACGAGUUGUACCUAGAGUGGGAAGCUUUAGCCUCCGCUCUGGACUCUGUAAUUUCCAGAAUUCUGCUAGUUAACGAGCGACCCAGUGUUCAAAAUGGCUUAACUUUACUCGAACUUUGUCUCGGAUACUCUCCAGAAGAUCCUUGGCUACUCUCAGCGCUCCUAUCUUGCAUAUCAGCGCUCUUUGUCUUCCUGUCAAUGUCAACUGGCUCCAUGACCAUGCCAGGAGUCGCGAUACUUCCAGAAGUACUCAACAAAAUCUUCGCGGCUCUUGUUUUUGAAGCCCCGGGAGAAGCUAAAGGCGAAAGGUCCAAAGCUACUAAAUGCGUACGCAGACAUGCUGCUAGUCUGAUGGUUAAAAUAGGCAUCAAGUACCCACUGAUUUUAUUACCAGUCUUUGAAGUAAUUCAUACAACAGUACGCAGGCUUAUUCAGACGGAAAAAUUGACCAGAAUGGAAAGUGUCACUCUUUACGAAGCUUUGUUCCUUAUUUCUAAUCACUUUUGUGAUUAUGAAAGACAGUCCAGAUUUAUUGCAGAGACAAUUCAUGAAGCUUCGAGGGAGUUUAUUUUAUUGGGCGCUGAAGCGUUUGAAGGACCGGAGGAGUUUAUUCAUUUUGUCGGGUUGAGUUGUCAAGUUAAAGAUCGAGGGUUGAAUCUUAAUACGGUUAAAAAUCAUGAUUCAAUUAAGGAUCAGCACACGAUUAAUCGCUUGAAUCUUAUGUACUGUAUUAAUACAAUUUUAAGUGUGGUUAAACGGUGCUCCAUUCCGGAAGAUCCUGAUAGAGCUGCUAGGGGCGGGUUUGUGGUGGGUCAUAGUGAGAAUGGAAACCCGGUUUAUAGAAAUCCAGCUGCUUCUAAUAUUAUUCCGGUAUUGCCGACUUUAUUUGCGCUGUUAAGAGCUAUGAAUGGACUUUUUACUCCUGCGGCGAUGUUGUUAUUAGCGGAGAGUUAUAAAAAAGCUUAUGAUCUUUUGGAGACUGAAAAAGCUCACUUGAUGGGCUUGCAUAUCAAUAUUGAAAAUGAUCUGGAAGCUGAUCAGAGCUCUCCGGGGAAUCCCAGGCCGAAAAUGCAACAAUUCUUGACUAAUAUUCAUGAUAGUUGUUAUCAUAUGCUGGGCAGUGGGUGCCAUACUUUGGGGAGAGACUUUUAUUCGCUGCCUGGGUUGUCUAUAGCGCUGUUGAACUCUGUUUUUUCUAAUCUGGAGGUGAUUCCGGAUCAUCGACUGAGACCAAUAAUUCGGGUGUUUUUAAAACCAUUUAUUUGUUCGUGCCCUCCAGCUUUUUAUGAAAGUGUUUUAGUACCGAUAUUAACACAUGUUUCAACUCACAUGUAUCAUAGACUAAGCGCUAAAUGGCAAUACAUCACAGCCUUGUACGAAUCGGGAGGCUUGGAUGAAGAUAACACCAACGAGCAAGAAGUAAUAAACGACAUGCUGAAUAGAAAUUUAACCCGCGAUUUUAUUGACGUACUAAAAGUAACUCUGGUCGGUGGAACAGCGAGUGACGCAGCACCUCCAGACUCAAUGGAUCAAGACACGUCGAGCAUGGCCGUUGACCAGACUCCAGUAAGAGGAAACAGUGUUAUCGCGGAAGUUGUUAGUGAACUUGGUGCUUUUGUGUUACGGAUUCCUUCAACUUGUCACAGCAUUGUUCUGUGUGUGCUCGGAGCGUUGGCUUGGAAUGAUUCAAACGCCAGUUUAAAAGCAACUAUGCUGACAGGCCCAAUAGUCCGCGCUCUAGCAGCUAACGGUAGCUUGACUCCUGCGAUGGCAUCCCACAUCAUGGUAGCCGUUCUCCAAGGGCUCCAGCUCCAUGGUCAGCACGAGGCAAAUCAAGGAUCACUAAUAAUCCUCGGAGCUCAGACUUAUGAAUGUCUUAGGCCCAAAUUUCCUAAUAUCAUUGAAGUGAUGCAGCAAAUUCCGGGUGUUAGUCCAGCUGACCUCCAACGUUUUGAUGAAAAAAUGGCUGUUGUCAGUACUAAAGGAAAUAAUAAAAUAGACAAGGGCAAGAAAGAAUUAUUCAAAAAACUUACUAAUCAGUUAAUCGGAAGAAGUAUCGGACAAUUAUUUCGCAAAGAAGUUAAAAUACACAACCUACCCAAAGUCGAAGUCACUGCAAAGCCACAAGUCCAACGAGUCGAUGAAAUAUCCAAGAACUCUGCUGAUACAGGUUUGACUGCUCUAUUUGCAGGACCUACGUAGCAAAAAGUCACCGACAACUGUGCAAUGCACAGUUGGUCUAAUUCAAUGAAUAACUUUAAGUUAUUAUAAGUCAUAAAAAUAACAUUAAUGAUAUUGAAAUUAAAAUUAAAAUGAAUGUAAAGAUCUAGAUCAGCCUUU